AUGCCGCCGGCGACGACUACCCGCGGCGGCGGAGGGCGGGUGCCCCCCGACGGUGACGCUCGGAGCCCGGCUAAGCGGCCUCGCGGCUCGGACGAAUCCGGCUCCGACGGCGACUCCGAUUCGGACUGCGACGGGGGCCUCGUCAGCGACUUGAGGGAGAUCGUGUGCCUGCUGCGGCUCAUCAAGGGCGGGGCCAACAGCGAUGGCCAGAAGAUGUGCCAGCAGAUUAUCGCCAGUGUCGCAGCGGAUAUUCAGACUAUGCUAGAAGAAACCCAGCUCAAAUUUGAGAUGGAAAGGCACAAUUUGUUGAAAGUACUGUCGAACACUUCCAAAGAGCAGUGUGAGAAUUCACUGAAUGAAGAGUACAGCAAGUUUCAAGAAACAUAUGAUAUGUUUUGUAGAGAAAAGGAUGCACACAUGCAGACUUUCAGAGACCUGUUCUCAGAAGUUGAAGUCGAGAAGGAGAAAUUGCUUGAGCAGUACGAACAUCAUAAGAAGAGGGAGACCACCAUGUUAUCAGAACUUGACAAAACAUUCUCAGAGAAGAUAGCAUAUGCAGAACAAUCUGUCAGAAGGACGAAGAAGGAUGACAAGUCUUUCAUCAUCUUUCGCAAGUCUAUCGGCUCAUUUCUUGAGUGUGGCUCCGAUGAUGAUUUUGACCUUGACGACGAGUGAAGCCACUACUCCUAGUGACAGUAAAUGAAACGGAAUUCCUUCGUUGCUUCUUGGCCUUUGAUUAUUUUUCUGUGCAGAUUUAUUAUACCUUAGUAGUAUGCAGUUUGUAAGCCAUUGUAUUAGCUUCUUCCAGAUGAA